AUGGGCUCGGUGGAGGAGAUCAAGACAGAACCUCAGAAGCUGCUGUUCAGAACGAGGAUAAAUCGAGCCUUUCAAGAUGUGUGUGGGAGAAAAAGUGGGGGAUCUUAUACGAUUCCACGGAAAGUGCGUCCUUGUCAUUGGUUGAAUGACACUGCCUGGCAGGCUACCCAUAACCUGCAUGCUGACCCCACUGUCCGGCAGGCUACCAAUGCCCUGCAUGCUGACCCCACUGUCCGGCAGGCUACCAAUGCCCUGCAUGCUGACCCCACUGUCCGGCAGGCUACCAAUGCCCUGCAUGCUGACCCCACUGUCCGGCAGGCUACCAAUGCCCUGCAUGCUGACUCCACUGUCCGGCAGGCUACCAAUGCCCUGCAUGCUGACCCCACUGUCCGGCAGGCUACCAAUGCCCUGCAUGCUGACCCCACUGUCCGGCAGGCUACCAAUGCCCUGCAUGCUGACCCCACUGUCCGGCAGGCUACCAAUGCCCUGCAUGCUGACUCCACUGUCCGGCAGGCUACUAAUGCCCUGAAUGCUGACCCCACUGUCCGGCAGGCUACCAAUGCCCUGCAUGCUGACCCCACUGUCCGGCAGGCUACCAACGCCCUGCAUGCUGACCCCACUGUCCGGCAGGCUACCAAUGCCCUGCAUGCUGACCCCACUGUCCGGCAGGCUACCAACGCCCUGCAUGCUGACCCCACUGUCCGGCAGGCUACCAAUGCCCUGCAUGCUGACCCCACUGUCCGGCAGGCUACCAACGCCCUGCAUGCUGACCCCACUGUCCGGCAGGCUACCAAUGCCCUGCAUGCUGACCCCCUUCUCUUCCUUCAAAUCAACAGAGGCCAGACAUUCACAGUGUGACAAAAAUUUGGAAUGAUGGCCUUGACCUCAAUACUUUUCAUCCAACUCUGGAGAAACACAGAAAAUAACGGCUUUAUAAAAUAAAAGGCAUUAUUUCAUCUUC